AUGCUGACCCCGGCGUUCGACCUUAGCCAGGACCCCGACUUCCUGACUGUCGCCAUUCGCGUGCCCUACGCCCGGGUCUCCGAGUUCGACGUCUACUUCGAGGGGGUCGACUUCAGGUUCUACGCCAAGCCGUACUUUCUCAGAUUAACCCUUCCUGGAAGAAUUGUAGAAAAUGGAAGCGAGCAGGGAUCCUAUGCUGCAGAUAAAGGAAUUUUUACCAUUCGAUUGCCCAAAGAAACUCCUGGCCAGCAUUUUGAAGGGCUGAACUUGUUAACCGCUCUACUGGCACCAAGAAAAUCCAGGACUGCAAAACCACUUGUGGAAGAAAUAGGUGCUUCUGAGGUUUCUGAGGAAGGAGUAGAAGAUGACGAUGAAGAGUUUGAUUGGGAAAUUGAACAGUCCCCCUAUGAAGAGGUACCAGAAAGUACUUUGAAUCCAGAGUGCCGCUAUGGGUUUGGAAACUUACGCUCGGGAGUGUUUCAGCGGUUACAGGAUGAAUUGAGUGAUGUUAUCGAUCUUAAGGAUCCAGAUUCCACCCCUGCAGCCGAACGAAGGCAGAAACGCCUGGCUGCUGAGCUGGCCAAGUUUGAUCCUGAUCAUUACCUAGCUGACUUUUUUGAAGAUGAGGCAGUUAAACAGGUUUUGGAGUAUAAUCCUUGGGAUUGAUCUGUGUAUUCAAAAAUGAUGGCUUCUUUGGGGAAGAGUAGUCAGGAACAAGAAAAUCUUGCUGCGUUAGUGUCUUUUUCUGAAGAAGAGAAAUAUCAACUGCGAAAAUUUGUCAAUAAAUCUUACCUGCUGGACAAGAGAGCCUGUCGUCAAGUGUACUACAGUUUGAUUGAUAUCCUUCUGGCAUAUUGCUAUGAAACUCGAGUCACCGAAGGAGAGAAGAAUGUUGAAUCCGCGUGGAAUAUCAGAAAACUGAGUCCAACACUCUGCUGGUUUGAGACUUGGACUAAUGUUCAUGAAAUCCUGGUGUCUUUUGGAAGAAGAGUUUUGUGCUAUCCACUUUACCGCCAUUUCAAGCUGGUGAUGCAAGCCUACAGAGACACUAUAAAGAUGUUGCAACUAGGUAAAAGUGCAGUUUUAAAGUGUCUACUGGACAUUCACAAAAUUUUUCAGGAAAAUGACCCAGCUUACAUUCUAAACGAUCUCUACAUCUCAGACUACUGUGUGUGGAUUCAGAAAGCCAAGUCCAGAAAGUUGGCAGCUCUUGCGGAAGCCUUAAAGAAAGCAUCCCCGACCAAGGCCCAGCUGGGGUUGGAACUGCAGGAACUGGAAGCAGCGGCGCUUUUGGUUCAGGAGGAAGAAGCUGCAUCGAAAGCAGGAGCCCGACGCCUUUUCGGGCAGCAGGCGCCUUCCUCCAGCUCUGAGUCAAGCGACUCGGAGGAAUCAGAGAGCAGCACAUCGUCUGAGACCGAGGACUCAGACUCGGAACACGAGGAGCCCAGAGGUGGUGAAUGUGAGGCAGGGCCUUCCUCGCUCGGUCCCUUUGUUGAGGAAAGCAGCACGGCCCUGCUUCCUGACCAUGGUGGGAUGUGCAGAAGCGUGGUCCUCCCAGGGUCUGAUGAUGGUCAGGGACAGCCGCUCGCCUCUCCCCGGGCUCCUGGGACAUCUGAGCCUCUAAUCCAGGAGCUUGGAGAACAACUGGAGACUUCGGUUCAGAUUUCUGAGCCCAAGGGCUCUGCUGCUGGACACGUGCUGAAGAGAGACAGCCGGCAGACACCCAAGAAUUGA